CGACCCUCUCCGCCGCCAACGAAUGCUGCGUUUGCGAGGAACAGUACAAGCUGCUGCGAGCCCAGAGAGGACGGACGAGUCCCCGGUAACAAACAAACAACGGCGACACGGUAAACUCCACGAAUUUAAGCGGAGUGCAGGUUGAAGAAUGGAGUUGGCCAACCAUGGUCUUAUCCUGCUGCAGCAGCUUAACGCUCAGAGGGAGUUUGGCUUCCUGUGUGACUGCACUGUGGCCAUAGGAGAUGUCUUCUUCAAAGCCCACAAAGCUGUCCUCGCUGCCUUCUCCAACUACUUCAGAAUGCUCUUCAUUCACCAGGACAGUGACUGUGUGCGCCUGAAGGCUGCUGACAUACAGCCAGAUAUCUUCAGCUACCUCCUCAACCUGAUGUACACAGGCAAGCUUGCACCCCAGUUGAUAGACCCUGCACGGCUAGAGCAGGGGGUCAGAUUCCUGCAUGCAUAUCCACUCUUGCAGGAGGCCAGCCAGUCUGUGUAUUCGCACCCUGAGCACAGCAUCAACCUUUCCACCUCCCUCUAUGGCAUCCAGAUCUCUGACCAACAGGUAGCACUGUCAGCUAGGCUGCCCAAUCGACGGCAGCUCUCCUCACCUUUUGACAUGGAGCAGCUCAGCUCAGAGGGGAAGUAUCCAUCAACGCCAGCUGCCACAGCUUCAUAUGCAAAUUCCUUACCGUCCAAGCUAGCUUCCUCACCCCUAGACAUGGAGGCCUCAACCAGUGGCGCCAAGCCUACAGUUGAGGAGGUGGGAAUGGACAUGCUAAGUACAGAUGGUUCGUCAGCCAGUGCCAUCCUCCAUGUAAAGCCCAGCAUCAUGAAGAGGAAUUCCUCCUUUAGGAAGCAUUACUCCUGUCAUCUGUGCAGGAGCCGAUUCACACAGAGAAGCAUGCUGAGAGAGCAUCUCCUCCAACACACCCAGGCUCUACAGCAGGCGCCAGCUGAGCCCAGCAAUGCACUCUCACCUGUCAUGACUGGAGAACAUAGCAUGCUAGAGGUAGAGGGGUUCCUUAAGGGAAGCAAGGCAGGGUCAAGUGCCUCGGCUUCCACUACAGCAGUAGAGGUAAUCAGUGACAGCGAGCAAACGCCUGUUUCAGGUACCAACUCGGACUCUCCCCGAGCAGAGGUGUCCACGUCCAGCUGGGGGGUGGGAGGAUUAAAUUCUCAGGCAGACACACCACCUCCGUCAGACAUUGCGGACAUCGACAACCUGGAGAGUGCUGACUUGGACAGGGAAGUGAAGCGGCGGAAGUACGAGUGCUCCACUUGUGGGCGCAAGUUUAUUCAAAAGAGCCACUGGCGAGAACACAUGUACAUCCACACGGGCAAGCCUUUUAAAUGCAGCGCUUGUGGCAAGAGCUUCUGCCGGGCCAACCAGGCAGCCCGCCACGUGUGCCUGAACCAGGGGGCCGACACCUACACCAUGGUGGACCGACAGAGCAUGGAGCUGUGCGCUGCAGGCGACGACAGCAGCCAGAUGGAGGCGAUGUUCUUGGGCUCGUCAAAGCCUUACAAGUGUAACAUUUGUGCGACCACCUUCUCCAGUCCCAACGAGGUGAUCAAACACUUGUGCUUCACCCAAGGGGGGUUAGUGGGGCUGCAGGGAAACACAGGCGCAGGGAUGCUGCUCCAGCGUGAAGAGUUUUCCAAAGAUGAAGGCUCUGAUUUGUCCAACUCUGGCACCCUACUGGAACCCAUAAAGACUGAGGAAAUCCUCGUAGAGUAGUGCCAUAACUGUGUAUUUGUCCUUUUUAACAUGUGUGUUUAUUUUCUAAAUUAUGGUUCAUAGGUAAGCUAAAGGUGAUGUUAGUCACGGUAUGUAUGUGGAGGUUCUCGAUCUACUAAAACAGUUUUUUUAGAGGGUUUUUGUUUUUUGCCCUGAGUAUGACAAAAAAUAUAUUAAAUAGUAAAUAGUCUAUAGCUCUCUGGAGUUCAUUUCAACAUCAUUAGAAAAGCAAAUAACAUGACACUUGACUCAAGGCUAAGUUAAAUACCAAUAAGGGAGAGGAAGUAACUAUUAUCUUGUUUCAUCUCAUCAUUUUAUUGGUGGUGUGCAUUGGUAUUACACUCUCACUUGUCAGGCUGUACCACAUUUUUUUCACAAGAGCUACCGUUGUGGUAAGGCUGCACAGGCAGAAUUUGAGUAUAAAAGGAAGAGGAAGCUGAGACAGUUCCGGAGGAGACAGCAUGUUGUGAGAUGAGUUGGCUGUGCUAGAUUUGAGGAGGUGAAAAAGCAGCAAACUACUAACAAUCCCUCUGGAGUUGCACAAAAGAGUUGUUUCUUCAUGGUCAUAAAUGAGAUGCUGAUAUUGCAGAUCAGGUAUAGAUUAUAAUUCCAGUUUAAAAGCACACAAUAUAUUCAGACCUGAGACAAUCUGUGCUCUCUCUUUUUUUUCUUUUUUUUUUUAAAGAUGCCCAAUAUGCUGGAAAGUACAUUUGUCUUCCAUUCAUGUUUUGGUUGGCGUUUUGGCUCAGCAGAAUGAAUAUCUUGUAAUGUAAUGGCCAUUAUUUGCGUCCUUCUCAGCAGCCAUUUAGUUGUCUUACUCUGUGUUUUGUUGACUUUGCUAAGUGUCAUUAUGGUUCCUAUGUCAUUACACCAUAUUAAAGCACAAUUGCUCUUCAUAAUAAGAGUUUGGCCACUGAAAGUUGGACAAAACGAGCAAGAGUGGUCAUUGUGUUUACAGUUGAGCCACUUUGAUUCUUUUUUACUUUAUCAUUUUUACUUAUUGAAGAAGCAACAUGUUCUGUUAAGACUGUCCUGUACAAUAUUGUACAUCUCGUCUUUAUAUAAUUUGCUUGAAUCUACUUCUAAAAGUCCUUAAUUUUUGUUUAACAUGCUUUUCUAAUUUUAUUUACAAUGCUAUAUUUACAAAGAUUACUUUAUACUGCAAAGGUGUAUGUAUAUUAAUAGACAAAUAGCUUUCAAAAUAGGAUUACAUUUGGUUUAUCAAAGGUUUACGUAUUAGGGAUGGGCAUGAUGAAUUUAUCUUUCAUUUCUUCAAGAAAUGGGUUAAAAGAUGUUAUAAUUAAAAACACAAUUUGGGAUUUUAGGUCUCUUCCCCUUGCCAAAUAUGUGCUAAUUGCUAACCUUAUUCAUUUGUGCAAAGGGAAACAUUUUCUGUAUAUUGUUAAGGCCUUAUGACAUUUAUCUUUGUUCUUUAACUUUGUCCAAAUCAGAAAAAAGUAGUAGUUGCAAUAGUAGUCAUUUAUAGAAAAACAUUGUGUGAGAAAAUAUGCAGGUCAGUAUGGUGAAAUUUAUAUGAUGCAGAGGUAGUGGAGUUUGAAAGCUCCACCUGUUAGUUUGGUGGUCAUAUAACCUCAGGCAAGGAUGACACAGGGAGAGUUAGCUUUAAUGAGAAGCUGUUAGCAAGAUAUAUAAAAUGACAUGGUGAUAUCUCUAUAUACCUGACUGACUGGACACAUCUGUGUCCUAGGAAUAUAAAAGAUGCUAUUUAUUAUAACAUACAACAACAUCAAUUGUUUGGGAUAACAAAUACUUUCUAUGUACUACUGAUGACUGGAAAUUGUGAAAAAUCUUUACGUACGUGUCCAAUUAAUGUGAAGCAGUUAUAUAAUUUGUCAUGCUGAAACAUGUUAAGUGUAACAGUAGCACAAGUAGCAUUUUACAGGUUGUUAGGGAACAAAAUUCUCAAUUAGGCUCUUUUCAGGCCAAGAUGGUCAGGUUUAUGCUAAUGUAAAACAUAUCGGUGAACAUCACAGGCUUCGUUUUUUCUUGUUGCAGACCUAAACUUCAUUUAAUUGUGAUUACAACUUGUCAGGAUAACUGUCCAUAACUUAUAGAGUUGAGGUGGGGUUUUUUUUUUUUUUUAAUCUUUACAUAUUUGAAUAUUAAGAUGAAGUUAUUUUAGGAAGGCUUGUAAAACUGUAUUGUUUAUGUUCCUUCUAGUGGAAAAUAAAUUCUACAUUGUAUUGUUAUUGCUACAUUGCCUUUUUUGCUGCAGAAACUAUAAAUUGGUUGGUGGAGACAAUAUGAUCUCUCCAACUUUAUCCAAUCCAUAAGGAUGCAAAACCAAAAAUGAUUUCAAGUCUAAUAGUUUUAGUAUCCUAUUAUGCUACUACCUGCCACAGCAGUGAUAGCUAGUCAUCCUUGAUAAUGACUUAACAAUUCAGAAGACUUGUAAUAUAAUUUGCAAUAUUAUUUUAAAGCAGAGUUGUUAACUAAGAGCUCAUUGAUGUGUAUUGUAGACACUUAUUUUAAUUGGAAUCUUAGUUGGACUUAUUGACUUGUUUCCAUCUUUUAAUUAUUUCAAUAAUUUUGUGUAAAUAUGAAAAAUGCCCAUCCCUAGUAUGUUUAAUAUGUGUAGUUGUUUUUUUGUUGUUUUUUUUUUCUUCUUCUUUUGAGUCAGUUUCACCCAGCCUCAAGUACAGGUUUGUGACAGACAGGAUGAGGCCCAGUUCCAAUUCGAUUUAAGUGGGAUUUUUGUACUCCAUAAUACCAUACCAUAAUAAGUAUUGAGAAGCAGUUUCUGCUUUGAUGCAAUGAGCCCAGUGUUUGGCUAGAUGGAGCUGUUUUUCUUUUGUCUAGUCAGGUCUGGUGAGGGGGAAGACUGUCAAAUUUGAAUUCAUAUCUUAUACUAAUGUUUUUGUGGUGUGCUUGCCAAUUAAAUGACCAUCUUUGCCAUAAAUCAAUAAAUAUCCCAUCACAUUUUGGUUCACAUAAAAAACAAAAAUAUAUGUAAAUUUAAUCUUACGAGUGUUUAGUAGGGAAGGAUUCUUGUUUGUGUCUUGAUACAAGCUUGUUUUGUGUAGGGAAUUGAAAUGCUGUACUACUGACAUUCAUUUCUCAGAGCUCAAUUGAUACACAGUAAUAUGCACAGCUUUAUGAAAAGUCUAAAUCCUUCCUCAGUUCAAGUUGUACUUGUUCUUCUGCCACACCAGUCUUGUAACUCAAUGGUCGUGUAUGUGUGUGUUUAAACAUCUCAGUAUCUCAGGAAGAUGAGAAGUUUGACAUUGUCUUUUCUGUCCACUGUUGUUUAUUAAAACAAUAAUUAAAUUUCCAGCCCGUGAUCCUACUCCCCAAUGCCCAUCUGACAUCUGCUGUGAUCAAUCUGUGUUCUCAGGAAUGUGAGUGAUUUUCUGUAUAAACAACUAGUUUUUUUUCAGUGAAGAAUGAACAAUAAAAACAUGUCUUUUUAUAA